AUAACGGCCCCCACCAAUGCAGCGGCCAAUCAAUGAACCAAGACCAUCGCAAUUUAAGAGCGCGACAGAUAGCUGAACACACCGACACGCAAUUGCAUCUGCAACGUGACAUUAGGAUUAAAACGCUUCAAGAGGGCAUUUUUCAAAAACUGCGAGUUAGGCCUGGAUACAAAAAAACUUGGUAUGCCAAGGAAAAGGCCAUUGCAAACAGGUUCGGACAAUGGGACGACUCUUUCAAGGAGAUUUGCAAUUUUAUGACGAAUGUCACCGUUGCUAAUCCCAGGACAGUCUGGCAUGCUACCGGUACACCAAUUGAAAACAAUCCACAAUUCAGAACUUUCAAGCAUAUGUUUUGGACUUACGAGCCAGUGGUGAAGGGUUUUCAGUAUUGCAAGCCUGUGGUGUACAUCGACGGCACCCACACAUAUGGAAAAUACGAAAUGACUUUGCUGAUUGCUUCUGCAAUUGAAGGAACAAUCACAUCAUGCCGAUAGCUUUUGCCAUUGUGAAGUCGGAAACUGCCGCAUCCUGGAGGUAUUUCAUGAGGAUGUUGAAGAGGUAUGUUUUGGGUGA